AUGACGACACAACAGUAUUACGAGUUGUACCGGGGAAGCAGUAUCGGCGAGGCGCUUAUCGAUACAAUUGACGAUCUCAUCAAUGAUGGCCGAAUCGAACCCCAACUGGCCAUGAAGAUCCUCAGCAACUUCGAUCGCGCAAUCGCCGAGACACUCGCAGAGAAAGUUAAAUCGAGAUUGACAUUCAAGGGACACCUGGAAACCUACCGAUUCUGCGACGACGUGUGGACAUUUCUUGUGAAGGACGUCCGAUUUAAGAGUGAAGGCGGUCAAGAAUUCCAUGCCGAUAAAGUCAAGAUUGUUAGUUGCAAUUCAAAGAAACCGGGCGAGGCAUAA